ACCGGGAAAUGGAUAAUACAAAACAAAAGUAGAGAAACUAGACAUACAGCAUGAGCAGCUAGUGAAUAAUACCCUAAUAAUACCACGCUUCUUGACGAGAGUCUGUAUGCUCGCUCCACAGCUUCAUCACGUUUGUUUUGACGGUGUAAUAUUUGAUUCUUCAGGCAUGCUUUGCGUUAAUGCCCCGAAAGAAAAUAAAGACGGACAAGCAACCCCUGCGGUUCCUGGAGCGACCUGCAGGGGAAGCCAGAGUCCAACACAAUGUACCAGAAGUGCGGGCUGCACUCAAUCCCAAAGAUUUUUUCAAAGAGACACAAGAGCAUAACGGAUCAAGUCUAAAUUCAUGGGUAAACCCACAGUUUGAUACAUCUUGUGCUACACUUCAAACUAAAAAAAGAAGAAGAUGCCAAUCCACCACGAGCAUCAUAGGCAACUUCACUCAGCUCUCUAGAAAAGGCAGUGUGUGCAGUAGCAGGUUCCCAACUUUAUUAUUUGAGAAAAGAGAACAGCACAGUCAAAAAGAAAAAAAGAAGGCUUCAAAUGACUGUUCUUCUUCAGCUUCUAAUGAAUCAUAUCACCAAGCUUUCUGCCAAAAUACAAAUGCUGUGUGCAAUGUGCCAAACAUGGAAAUCUUGCAUCAAAAUGAUAUUGUUAAAGUAUACAAUGGAAGUGAUUUAAAGAAAAAGACUACACCGAGUCAAAUACAGUUUUUUACUGCAAGUGAAACAUCUUGCUUGUUACUCGAAAAUCCUUCAUCACAUCGCUCCAAGGACUGUACCAAUGCUGAUAAUGCACCAGUGCAACUAAGUACAAUCAAACCAACGAUAACAGAGAAAUAUUCUACCUACUCACAUUUACUUUGCUCUCCCCCAACAUGUACUCCACCAGGGAGCAGGAUUCUGGAUACUUUGGCUCCUGACACACCAGAAAGAGAUUAUGGGGUCAAGGUGACAUGGCGACGCAGGAGAAGUUUAAUGCUUUUGUUGAAAGAGAAAGGGCAUUUAUCAGACUCGGAUUCAAUUAUUCACAUCUGAUCAAGUUGUGGGCAAAAAUUACCUCUC